AUGACAACGCAUAUUGUACAAGAGCAGCAGGAUCUCGGCUGGUGGAAUGUAGCUGGAUCAUCGAUCUUUAUCUUAUUCACUGCUUACCUUAGCCAUGUGCUUGGUAUCCAGCUUGAGAUACCAUUGAUCGUGUCGAGUCUACGCUGCAUAUUGCAGCUAACAUUAAUGGGCCUGGUAUUAAAUGACCUGCUGCACAUGACACAGAUGUGGUCUGUGGUUUUAGUUUUUGCUGGAUUUGUGUUUUUGGGCACUUUUGAAAUCAUCUUUCAUCGGUGUCAAAAAACGUUGUUGGGUCUGUUGCCCACCGUAUUCUUGGUGCUCUUUAUAAGCAACGGCUUAAUUGGAGCUGUAGGUAUUCGAUAUGCUCUUGCAGAAUCACCGUUUUGGGAACCCAUGAUCUUUAUCCCAGUGUUGGGGAUGCUACUUGGGAAUACAAUGAGCAGCGUGGCUAUGAGCACAACCACUUGUAUUGAAGGUGUUAUGAAUGACCACCUUAUCAUCGAGACAAGGCUCUCAUUUGGCGCGUCACGAAAAGAAGCUCUACGACAAGUGGCGGUUCAAGCUAUUCAUACAUCAAUGUUGCCGCCUAUUACACAAUUGAGCAUUAUGGGUCUUAUCAACAUCCCUGGGAUGCUUGUUGGUCAACUAUUAGCUGGCGUGCAUAUCCAGGACGCUGUGCGAUACCAAAUUUGCAUCAUGUUCAUGUCCACAGCAAGCUCAGCGCUUGGCGUAUUGUUGACCACCUGGAUGUGUUUAUACAUACUUGUCGAUAAACGACAUUCCAUACGUGUUGAUCGCAUCGUCGAGUCGAAACCUCUCAUGCUUUGGCGUGCCUUCUGGAGUCGUUAA